UUAACCGAUGAAAAAGUAAAUUUGACUACAUGGACAGUAAACUCCCAAAAUGAGGAAUUAAUGGGCGUAGAUGUACAUACGUAAUAAUCUAUUUGACAUAUAAGAUAUAAUAUAUUUGAUUUGACACUUUUUUAAUAGAAAAAAAGAAAAACAAGAAGAUAUAAUCUUGUCAUUGAGAUUCGCCAUAAUUUCGUGUGAAUGAGUACAGCCUUAAAACUAAAUAUGCACGUGCCUAUUGCACUUGUAAACAAAUGGCUUGCAGAACGUAGAAAUGAUACUGAUUUUUAAAAGUAUUUAACGAAAUUUAUAUUAAAUGGAAAUAUGAAAUAGGAUGAAUAUAUUUAUAUUCAAAAGAUAGUGCAAUGUGUUUAUUUGUCAAUUCUUUUUUUAAUUGUCAUAUCGUUAAUUAAGUGAAAUAAUCAAUUAUAUUCAUAAGACCGUCGAAACGCGACAGUUAUUCUAUUUUUUAUUUUUCGUUUUAUAUUGAUCGCAAGUUUACAAACUUUAAAAAUGAAUUUCUUUGACUUUUAAUCGAAUCAUUGCAAUUUCAAUUGCAAUAUAUAUUUUGAAUGAAUAUUACAUGGAUUAAUAUUAAGGAUAAUAACAUUCUUAAUUGUGUGUAGACUUUAAAAAAUACAUAUUUUUAUUCGUUCAAUCAAAUCUCUGGCAUAAUCAAUAUGGUAUCAUUUCCACCCAUUAAUUUAAUAGAUUCUGUGAUAGAUGAAGUGGCAUUGGAAGGUUUGGAUGGUAUUACUUUAGAAGCUUUAUGGUUACGUUUGGCAUAUAGAUUUAAUGAUUCUUUACCAUUUUCACAAGCGUUUAUGAUCCAAAUAUGGUCUAUAUGUGUAAAAGUUAAAGAAUUUACAUUUUACAAAUUAGAAGUGCCAAGAAAACCACUUGUUAUAUUUGAUCGUUACGAGUUUGUAGAUCCAGAUCUUGGUAUUAUACUUGAGCCAGAUGAUGUUCCAGAAGACAUUUAUCCUCAUUGCCCUAUAUACGAUCAAGCUGCUGGAAUUAAAGGUUCUUGCUCGACGUAUUAUACUCGUAAAGUUAUUAUUACAGAUAUCCGAAAUUAUACUUUAGAGCAGGCGAUAACAGAAUAUGGUCAAAGAUUGGUUAUUGUUGCAUCUCAAAAUGCAAGAGAGUAUGCAUUAAUGGGUGAUAACAUAUGUCCUACAUUGGAAUUAAGUAUCAUGCAUUAUUGUUUUCUUGAAAGAGUUGGAAGAUCGCGCUAUCAUGGAGAAGUAACACAGGGAAAACUUAGUCUUAGCUUGCUGAAAGAAGAUCCUAGAACCUUGUUUUAUCAUAGAAAGUUUUUACUUCGUCACAAAUUGAUCACAAAACAGAUGCAUCAUCAAAAAAGUUCAGGUCACAGUUGUAGUGGUAGCUUACUACAUCUACCACGAUUCUUUGUAGAAAGAAAACCAAAAAUCAUUUUCUUGGCUGAACAGGUAAUUGAGAUACUUAAGAUGAAAGACAAUUAUAUUGCUGAAUAUGAAGAAAUAAAGAAAAAAUUGCAAAUUGAAAAUUCUAUACAAAAAUUAGUUAAAACAUCUUUUUUUCAAAAAGUAGUCAAAACAGAUCUGAAGGUACCAUAUAGAACUCUGUAUCCAAAUGCAGAACCUAAGGAAUGGCAACGGAAGAAUGAUCCGUCGAAGGAAAAAAUGAUAAGGGUAAUACAACUGAUAACUCCUGACAUUGAUAUUGCUGAACUAUGGAAUAAAGAUGAAAUACACGAAGAUGAAGAACAAUUCGAAUUAGAUAUCUCUGAUCACAAAUACAAUGUUCCUUAUCUCAAGCAAGCUAAUAAUGUGAUAGAGGAGAGCAAUAGUGAUGGUGUUUCUCAAGGAAAUUUAACUAAAAAUAUGGGUUUAACAAAAUUACAAUGUAGAACUAUAUUACGUAAUUUAGUGAAAGUAAAUAUUGUAGCAACAUACAUGAAUGAUGCAGGUAGACAAAGAGUAACGAAAUAUGUAUCUAAAAAGUUUGAGAAAAGUAGCAUGAUGAGUAAGCAAUUUCAAAAAGAGAUAUACAAAAUUAAAGAACUUACAAAGCAGAUCUCAAAUAAGAACGAUAAAGCUAUACCAAAACAAGAGGAUUUACAGAAAAAAGAAAAUAAUGAAUUUUAUAUGCAUCAAGUUAAAACUAUAGAAAAAGUAAAUUAUCCCACAAUUAUUGAUAACAAUACAAUUGGACAUUCUCAUAGCGAAGAGCAGAAACAUUGUAUUAACAUUGAUGAAUUAAGAAAAGUAUUUCAUAUUGUCAGUAAAAUAUUUUGGAAAUAUCGUAUUACAAAAUCUCAAACUAGAUACAAAUGUACGUCCUUGAAUAUGUCGGAAAAAAUGGCAAACUUAAAAUUUUUAAAGGAGCAAAGACAUAAAGAAAAGGCAAUACAAGAUGAAAGGAGAACAGAAGAGACAAAAGAUAAUUUUGAACAUUCCACAGCUAUAUCUAAAAUUUCGAAUAAUCUUAAAGCUGUAUCAAUAUAUAAGAGUAUACAAACAAACUUGGUCGCGCAAAAUCCGGUGCGAACUGGUAAACCAGUUAAUGAAAUAUUUGGUUUCAUGGAGGACGUUGAGAAUAGUGAGAAAAAAGGUAUAUCUAACAUUACUUACAGAUUACUAAGGCGAGCAAAUAUGAUUAUCGAGUCUGUCAAGGAGCACCAAGUUAUCGAUGAUAUGACUAAGUUAAUGAAGAUGAUAAAUGGUGAAGAAGAUAAGGAAGGUUAUGAUGUGAAGAUAGACAAAAAAUCUUUGAUCAGGUUAUUGCAGAAAUUAGCCAAAGAUAAUUUGGUAAAAAAUAUAAAGUUAACCCUUAGUGCUAAUGGUAGAGAAAAACACUUGACUUUUAUAUGCGAUCCCAAUAUUGACACAGAUCACACGGUAAUAAAGUCGGCUGUAGAGCAAGCAAAAGUUAAAUUUUGUUUAUUGGGAUCACAAAAAAAUAAAGCGAAUCCCAAAAAUAAUAUGGAUAAGACACGUUUACAUAAUUUGGACAAUACAAAUAAAAAUGAUAAAAGACCUAAAAAGCUAUCGGCUAUACCAACUACUUCCAAAUAUGAUCCGAAAGCAGCUCGAAGACUUGGAUAUAGUCCUAAAUUUGUCCGUAUGCAAGCACUUCAUGUUCUUUUAUAUUAUUUAGUUUAUGAACAUCCUGGAGAGGAAACGCUUUCUAAAAAUGAACAAAUACAACUGUUGCGGGCUAAUGAUUUUAGUAUCACCGACAGUUUGGCUCAAGAAAUGAGUAAAAUUUAUACCACAGAAGUAGGAUGGAAGAUGUUUAUGCCACCUUUACCAAAACAUAAUGGUUGGCCAAAAGGUUGGACUUUAAUGUGUGAUGUUCUGUUACGCAUUCCUCUAUCAAUUUUUUUAAAAGUCCAUAGUGUCCCAUUUAUUAUAUCAGGCUUGGAAUAUUAUACGAAUCAUCCUAUCAGAAAACACUAUUUAGUAAAGGAUCUUCCAAUUAAUAUUCGUAAUACUUUACUACAUGCACGAAAGUAUAUAUUUGAUAUUCAUGAAACCAUGACUAGAUUAUGUUAUAUUGGACUGAUACAGUUCGGACCGCAGAAAUUAAAAGAAAAAGAUCAGGUAUUUCUUUAUGUAAAUCGUCGAAGUGAAUUAAUGGAUACAACUUCGUCCGCACCUGGAUAUCACAAAAUUGAGGAAAAAACGUACCCCGUAACAAAAUAUAAUUUCAAUGAAAUGUAUAUAGUUGAAAAAUAUUGGUACGAUAUGUGGAAUAUAUGUGUUAACACUCCUCUAGGGGGUAGGCUCGCAGUUCAGGGUAAAGAUAUAUUAUUAGAGGAUUUGAGUAAAAAGAGCGACAUGAUACAAACGAUAGUAGCUCGUUCUGCCGAAGAAGCUAUACAAUUAGAUACUGGUAAAGUACCUGGAGAUCAUAAAGGUGCAGCUGGUAUCGAUUCCGCAUUUUUCGCACACUUGAAACGUAAUUGGAAUUGGAAUAACAAUUACAUGGCGCGACAUCAACCAACAAAAAAUGUAGGAAAUAAAAAUAUGACAUAUAAGAGAGAUGCUUAUUUAUCGACAAUAAAAGCAGCGCCUGUCAAAUUCACCGAAUUUUCUGGAUUAAAGAAAGUAUCAGGACCUACUAUUAUAAGUGCUACUGAUUUGAAAAAGAAAGCGCAAUCAAACAAAAUUGCUGAAAUUUCAAAUAAAUCCAUAAAGCACGAGACAUAUACAACAUUUCGUAGGUCAAAACAGAAAUCAUUUAUCAGACGAGUUUUACCUAAGAAGGGAAAAAAAUCACGUGUGAAAUAUGAUGAAAUUGAUUAUCGUGCGCUUCAACUAAUGCAUAAAUUGCGCGUCGAUUGGCAACCACACGAAGAUAAUAUAUUACUUGUAUGUAAAGUCGCCAUGAUGUAUCUGUGUCCAAAUCCUCGAAAACAAGUGGUAACAUUUAAUAUGGUCAGAGAUGUUUUACGCUCUUAUUCUCUCAGUUCUUAUAAUAAAACAUCCCGGGCUUGUCAAAGAAGACUUUUGUAUAUGCUUAGACAGCCACAAACAGUUAAUAGCGUAACUCUAGGAGUAGAAGAGAUAAGGCAAAAUUUCUUCAUUAAUAAACGAUUUGGUGGUAUCACGGAGAAGAUUAAAGAAGAAUGUCCGAAUCCUUGCGCGUAUGAAAAACGCAUAGCUGAAAUAUUUAAAAAUCUCGUUGAUUACGUAGCUAAAAAGUAUUACGAUAUUUCAGAAAUGGGGCCAAACGAACCUAUCGUUGUACCGAAAACGGUACAAGAGUUUAAUAUAUUUUAUAAAGUGGUAUACCCUACUAAAUCAUUUAAUCCGGGCUUUGUUAAGGAUAUUCGAUGUAUUAACGACAUACAUUCUGCUACAAUUAAUUCUGUUAUUCAUAGUUCAAUGUGUUCUGGAAAAGAUAAAAGAUCUUGGGCGUACCAAUUAUUUAAAGUGUAUCAACAGUAUCCAGAGGUUCUUUUGCGAAACGCUAUGGCCAAAAUUAGGGCCGAUCAAAUGGUUACAAUAAAAAAGAAUGAUAUGUGUCUAACGAAGAAGUAUGCCAAUUAUAUGCCAAUGAGUAGUUCACAGUAUCAGUUUAGUACCAAUUAUAUUUACAAGUUUCAAAAUAAAUGGCCGUAUGAUUUAUAUAAGGAAUCGUAUGAUGCUUUCUUCAAACUUAUUCAAUGGUAUUCUAAGUCAAAGAAAAGUAACACUUUUGAAAAUGUCGCUUCUUCCAAUGGUAUUGAAAUUAUUCCGGUUACUGGUGGGGUUGUUGCCAUGAUACAUGAUUUUAUGGCACAGGAUAAGCUCGAUUUCGAUAUUGCGAUACCAGAUCAAGUAAUUACAUUAGAUCAGAGAUUAACAGAAAAGGAUGAAACUUAUUUCAGAAUUGCACAAAGAUAUAAAGAUAUUUUAGAUGGUUUAGAUUAUUUCAAAGACAAUUCAAAUAAAAAGAAGAAUUUUAUAGAAAACAUCAAUAAAAUCUCAAUAUUUGAAAAAGACACAAUUGUUGAACAUCGCGCUAACGAGUCAUCCAGUCCUGAAGAAGUUAUAAAUAAUGAUGUCGACGACGGGCACAAUUCUUGUCCUGAAGGAAAAAGAAAAGUUGCUAAGUAUGGUUACUCUGGAUUAAAACUUAGUGGAAUAGAUAAACUUACGAAUUCAUGUUUUGAAAACUUACACCACGAAGAUCUAAGUAUGAAAGAUCUAAAUGAAGAAAAUAAUGCAACAAAUUUUGAAAAUAUAACUAGAGCCACGUUAAACAAUACAGACGGAGAAAAGUUAGAUAACAAUUUGGAGAAUUUUGAUAAUUUAACAGACUCCUCGUCUGAUAUGUUUAUGGAUAAAGAAAAAUCACAAAGGAAAUGUUUAAAGAAAAAAUUAUAUACUGAUAAUCGUGAAAUAGAUUCGAUGGAACCAACUUCAAAGAAAGCUAAAAUCUAUGAUGAUAAUCAAUAUAGCAUAUUAGAUUCAUCCAGCGACGUUACGCAAAGUAAUAUUCAAACACAUUUAAAUAAGUGCCUAGUUAAUUUCGAUGAAAGGAAUUUUAAAAGUGCUACUUUAUUAAAUUCAGAGCCUUCGAAUGAGAAUUCAGUUGAAAGCUCUAAGUCUACAGAAAAUGAAAGUGUAAAUCCAGAAAAUGCGAGUCAAAAUAAUAUCGAAUAUAAAAAAACAUACGAUAAUGCAUUUACUCGUGUAAGUAAUAUAAUACGUAGUACAUCCGAGGAUAAAAAUUAUGGAAAUGCAAAUGCCAAAGUCGAUGACACAAAUGACGUUCAGAAACGAUAUACAAGAUUAGCUCUUUUAAAAAUAAGAGAGGAGCUGAAUGAACUCUCAGUAACUGAUAGUCACCACGCCCACGAAUAUUUCGUCGUCAAUAUGUUUAAAAUUUUUUAUUACUUAGAAUCAUCAAAGGCACAAUAUCGUGAGGAUUAUGAAGACUUUAAAAGCCAUUCCGUACCGCUUGAUAUAUUACCUUUAAAAUUAAAAACUGUCUCUGAAAUCAUAAACGAAUUAAAUAAAUUUGCAAUUUUUCCGAAAAGCAAUACUUCAUAUACCGAUUUCAAGAAAAAUAUGCAAGGAAAAGUAUCACAUAACUGGACGAAAAUUGAUGCUAUAUAUAUAUUUGUGAGAGAAAAGAAAGAAAUAGGAGCUAGUUCGGAAGAACUGAUGCAAAAAUUUCGAAAGGACUUUGGAAAUGAGCUGUAUGAUAUAGUUUCUCUUUUAAUUGAAAAUUAUUUGUUUUUACGUUCUGGUGUAACUACGCCUCGAUAUAUACAUCACCAUUAUGCAAAUCCUUGGUUGAUACAUUCUUAUAAGAUUUUUCGUUUGGAAAGAGAGUCACUUUUACCAAUACCUAAAGGUAGUAUAUACUUAACGGAAAGUGAAACUGUUGGUGAAAUUAAUAGUGAUGAUAAUAAAGAUAAUGAUAUUGAUCAUAAUAAAAAUUCAUUGGAAUCAUCAAUAUGUGAAGAUGUAACAAUGAUUAAUAACUUUGAAAAGGAAGAAAAAGAAGAAAAGACGUCUUUAAUUGAUAAUGGUACUGCAGAUCAAAAUGCUACAAUUAUAGGUCUCUCUGGUGAGAGUGAAAAGGAACAAAAUGCAUGUGCUGCAAAAAGAUUACAGAGAAAGAGAAUAUCUUUGCUUCCACAAAAGGAUGUAUAUACAUCUGCCAAAAGAUUAGAUUUUACUACUGCUGAGGAAAUAAGGGUAGUCAUGAAACCCUGGAUUCGCGUAGAUGGCGUUUUAAAUCGUAGAGUGCUGGAUCGCAUGUUGGGAGCAGUUUUAACAUAUUGUUUAACACAUCCUGGUGUUAUAUUAGCCAAAGUACAAAAUAGAUUUAGUCCAGCUUUACAACCGUUCCAUACUCGCGAAUUGGUUGAGAUACUGGUUAAGUUAGGCUGUUUAGAGAAGAAGUUAUUGAAAAAACAACACGUGACUUUGUUUUCAAAGCCUGCACCUGUUAAACCAAAAACAGACGAAGAGUGGGCGAACGAAGAAGAAAUAUUUAUAGAGCCUUUGAUGGGAGCGAUAAUAAAAUUUAGUAUAUUUUUAAGUACUAAGAUGUACAAUUCGGAUUUUAUUCCAUAACGAUAAUAUAAACGUUACCAAGCUAAUAAGAAUCUGAGCUAAAGGAGUUAGUUAUUGCGAGUGUCGCGUUUCGUUUCAUAUACGAAACAGCCUUACUAGUCAACAAAUGUUAGUGUGCCUGAUGAAAAAUAUUCUUUCAUCGAGACAUUUCAAAUGUCUCCGUGUCGUAUUUGAAUAUUAUAUUUUCAUACUAUUAAUAUCCAGAAGUGCAUGUAACAAUAAUCUAAUAUCGCUACGCACUCAGGUAUCGUAUGGGUAUCUUCGUAUAUUGACAAAGAAAGGUACGUUUAUCAAAGUCUUGCUGAUCAAGCUUAGCUCAUUUUGUUAGUUUUUUUUUUUUUUUCUUUUUAUGAAAAUAUCUGUGAUCAUAAUUUAUUAGGUAUCUUUUACGUUUAGAUGUCUUUUACAUGUAACUAUGGCGUACAUGUGAGUUCAUUAUAAUAUUAAUUUUUUAUAAAUUCUAUUGUAAAUAAAUUGGUAUUUACACAAUCUCGUCGAUAAUCGUUUAAAUGAUGUAACUCCUAUAUGUAGUAGAAAAAAUUAUUCUAACAAACAAUACGUCAUCUCAUAAUACAGAUAUACACCGUAUAACCGCAUUGCAUCGUCAGCGUCACGAGAUGUUGCAAUUCUUCGAGGCAGCUGUAGAUCGAUGUAGGGGCAGUAAAUUGGAUCAGGUGAAGAGAGUAUUGCCUAACUGUAGUAUGAGCGCACAUCUUUCGACGCAAGUCCUGCAACACUUUCACACAUCAAGUAGAAGUGGUGAAACGCUUUGGACAUGCGGGCAAAUUUAACCGAUGAAUUCCGCAUUUUAACUGACAGAAAACGGAUCUUCGAAUAACGAUUUGCGUGGCCCUUGGAUAUGACCUUUGCAUAUAUAUGUAGUUAUCACAAGGAAAUAAUAUGAUUUCUAUUGAUCGAUAUAUUCAAGGAAGAAAUAGAAUUUUCUCCAAACAGACCUCUAUACAAUGUUUGAUAGGAUAUUAUACUAAUUAGAAUGAAAGUAUAGGAUGACCCAAUGAAACGGCGAUACGGAGUACGCAUACGUGCAUAUAUGAAAAAUCACUUUUAUAGAAAAAAAAUUAUGAUUUGUAGAUAGGCAAGUAUUAAGUCGAACCGAUUAGAAAAACCAACGAAUCCUACUAUUCCACGCUUAUACAGUCGAUGAAAGUACUGUUACAAUAAAUCCAUGACGCAACUUUGCAUAAUGUAUCCCUAUCUCGUGCAGCAUCCUACGUUGCCACCAACCAUGAAGCACUGAUUGCAUAAAAACAUUGCAUAUAAAGGGGGGACGGACAUAGGUACAUGCUUGAGAGCAUCGUCUCGACAAUGAUAACACUCGAAGCGAUCUGAUUUAUAAUAAUCGAAGAAAACGGAAGAAAAAGAAGAAGUAGAAGAAGAAAUCUUGCUUGUUAGCACAUCGAGCUUCGAUGUUUCGCUUCUGUUACCGCAUUCGACACGCAUCGAGUUCAUCCUCCUCUUUAAUGAUCUCUUAAAUCGAAAGUAGGUGACUUGGAUCUUAAAGUUAACAGUCGAACCAUUUCAAUUGGACGUACAUCUAUUUUAUGAAAGUGAAUCCUUCUUGCGUAUGGUCCAUGGAGUCAAAGGUCAUCGUCUCUUGUGAAAUAAUCCUUCAAGACGCAAGGAAGAUCUUUCUUCCUUGCCAAAAACGAUUUAGCCCUUGAACGAUGCUUCGGGCGUAAGCGUAUGACGAAGAUAUUGUAAGCCCAUCCCGGAUAUUGAGUUCAAUGAGGCUUCCGCCGGGCUUCCUUGUCUUACAAUUAAAUUAUUAGAUCUUAUAAAAAAAUAUAUUAUAUUAUAUAUAUUUAGAUAUAUCGCAUAUGUUUUAAAAUGAACGUUAUUAUGAAAUAUCGUUCGCACAAUUUACCGUAAAUUUCUUUUAUAAAUCGCUGAAAAUAACGCUUGUAAGAAGGAUUGAAGGAUAACUUAAUAGGAUCGUGCAGAGUAAGAUGGGAGUAGACGAUCGAUGUAUUAAUAAUUACUUCCGUAAUCGAGAUAUCUCAAGUGGUGCAAUAUUUCGGAGUACAUAAACAUCUCGUGGGAUGCUGUCGCGCUUUCUCCCCUCAAUUUCUUUUACGAUUCAUCUCGCGUGACUGAGCGCGUAAGUUACAUGUUUCUCCUGAAAAAAAAGAAAAAGGAAAAAAAAAAAGAAAUUACACAUUUUAUGUAAUUACGAAUCGCGUUCUUUUGUGCGAAAGAUAUUCCGUAACGCAGCGUCCAUUUUAUCAAAUAAUAAUGCUAACGAUAUUGUUAACAUUGAGUUAAUUAAUCUCUUAAAGACACUACGUUAAAAAGUAUAUUUUAUAGU